AUGAUCGAGGAAAACUUACAGCGGCGGUUGGAGGAGAAGCAGCUCCUCCUGGCUGAAGAGCAGGGGCAUAUCCGGCUGACGGAAGAGGAGGAGGCGGACUAUUGGGUGUGGGUGCAAGUGGGAGAAGAGGUGGAUCGGACAGAGCUGGAGGCAUUGGAACUCAAGGAGAGUGAAUUCUAUGAAGGGCUCGAGACAGACGAGCUCGAUGGCGUACCUGAGGGAGGUGAGCCAGAAGGAGAAGUCGAGACGGAUGACGAUAUGCCUAGCCUCUUCGGGUCCGACGGGGAACGUUACUCUGACUUUGAGGCAACGGAUGUGGAUGAGCAGGCUGGGGAAUUACAGUGGACCAUGGGGUAUGGGGAGGACUUUGGCGAUCGAGUGGUGAUCGAUUACCGGCCCCUCAACGCGGUGACGAAAACAGCGGACCAGUUCCUUAUGCCGAGGAUCGACGACAUCCUCGACCGAAUGACAGGGUCCCUUUACUUCUCUGUCCUCAACGUCAAGUCGGCUUACCAUACCAUCCCGGUGGCCGAGGAGGAUAUUCCUAAGACCGCAUUCGUAAUUUCCUCCGGCCAGUAUGAGUAUGUAAGGGUGCCAUUUGGUAUGGAAAAUGCAACUGCCACUCUCCAACGCCUCAUGACCACCACAUUCCGCACUCACCUCAAUGCCAUCCCAUACCUCGAUGAUAUUAUAGUGUCUUCCAACAAUUGGGAGGAGCAUUUGGAGCAUCUGCGAGAUGCUUUUGAACGUGUGAAGGCCAACCACCUAUUCCUCAAAGCCAACAAAUGCGAACUGGGGUUCUACUCCACGAUCUACUUGGGGCACAUCUUGACUCGGGAUGGGGUGAAGCCGGAUGCUGGAAAGGUGGAGGCGAUCAGUAAUAUGACGGCGCCAGUGGAUGUGAAGGGGGUCCGAGAAUUCCUGGGGUGCACCAGUUACUGUUGA